UUGCUCAAAAAUACUUGUGUUUAUUUCGUAAUCGGGCAAUUGUUAAUGAUUGUUUUUUUUGUAAAAAGUUCAAUUAAAAUAAACAAAUUAUGGCACAAAGUCGUUUGGAGAAGAUUGGAACCAUCUUCACAAGAGUUCAGGGACUGCUGCGAGCGGGAGCCAUGAGGCCAGAGGAUAAACCAAUUUGGUAUGAUGUCUAUGCGGCUUUUCCACCCAAAGCGGAGCCAAGUUUUGAUCGACCAGCUGCAGUUGUUCCCAUACGUAAUAUAUUCUACAAAGAAGAUGUAACAAGAGCUAAGCUGCAUAAGCAAAAUAAACCCAGUGAGACGAUAUCAUUGUUUGACCACAAAAGGCAAACGCAAUCGCAGCAAUUUCUACAAAUCUAUGGAGAACUAGAGAGCCAAGGAGCCUUGGAUGAUCAAAAGAUUUAUGAGACAGCUUUGGAUUUGUUGGCAGAGCAGAGGCAACAAAACAAGACUAGCCAGACUCAAAACUUUGAGGAAUCCUUCAACGAACCCGUGGUGGAGCAUAAGAGUCAACUACUUAGUGAUUUUCAAGUGGCGGAAAUCAAGCCUCCUGCAGAAAAAACAAAAAGGGAACCCAAAGACAAGGCCGCGGGAGUUAAUAUAGAAAGUUUGUUUAAAGAUUAAUUUGUUUAUUUCUGUUAAAAUUGUUGAUGAAUUAAUAAACUAAAAUAUAUCUACAUA